UGAUGAACUGAACUUCUAAGGAUUCUGAAAUAAAAACUUACACUAUUAACAAUGGCAGGAAAAUCGUCUCUUUUUAAAACAAUUCUUCUUGGAGAUGGUGGAGUUGGCAAGAGUUCUCUUAUGAACAGAUAUGUUCCCAAUAAAUUUGAUACUCAGCUCUUCCACACAAUAGGUGUGGAAUUUUUAAAUAAAGAUUUGGAGGUGGAUGGACAUUUUGUUACCAUGCAGAUUUGGGACACAGCUGGUCAAGAGCGGUUCCGAACCCUGAGGACACCGUUUUACAGAGGUUCUGACUGUCACCUGCUUACUUUUAGUGUCCAUGAUUCACAAAGCUUCCAGAAUUUAAACAACUGGAAGAAGGAAUUCAUAUAUUAUGCAGAUGUGGAAGAGCCCGAAACCUUUCCUUUUGUGAUUUUGGGCAACAAGAUUGAUGUAAAUGAACGGCAGGUGUCUACAGAAGAAGCCCAAGCCUGGUGCAAGGACAACGGCGACUGUCCUUACUUUGAAACAAGUGCAGAAGAUUCCACCAAUGUAGCAGCUGCCUUUGAGGAGGCAGUUCCAAGAGUUACGGCUACGGAAGAUAAGUCAGAUCAUCUGAUUCAGACAGACACGGUCCAUCUUCACCGAAAGCCCAAGCCAAACUCCUCCUGCUGUUGAUGGCAUUAAAGAGAUGGUUGGUGCAUUUUUACACACAUGUAUGCA